AUGUUUGGGUAUUUCAUUCUUUCAAUUCUAUCCGUCGUGACUGCGACUGACCGAAUUCCAAAUCUAGUUGGUAUAAAUCCCUUCACUCCCAAUGGACGCAUAGUUGGUGGCGAUUCAGUUUCCAUUCAGGAAUAUCCCCAUCAAGUGUCACUGCAGGCUUACGGAUUUGGUUUCUGCGGAGGAAGUAUCAUCUCAGCAGAUUGGGUAUUGACUGCUGGACACUGUACCAGUUAUCCAAGUGCGUGGAUCACCGUUCGAGCUGGUACGAGUCAAUUUAAUUCGGGUGGAUCUAUACACGAAGUGGAGGAAGUUGUCAGGCAUGAGAAUUACAGAACGAAUUUGCAUGGAAUUCCUGAAAAUGAUGUGGCACUACUGAAGUUGAAAACACCCCUGGAAUUAGAUGCAACGCGUAAGCCAGUCUCUCUUUUUGACCAGGAUGAAGAGGCUGUUGAAGGAUCACUUUCUACCAUUACCGGAUGGGGUGCUCUAAAAGAAGGAGGCAGUACAUCUAGAGUGCUUCAAACUGUAAACGUUCCCAUUGUAUCAAAAGAAUUGUGCAGUAAAGCUUAUUCUUCUUAUGGAGGACUUCCUGAUGGUCAGAUUUGUGCUGCUCAUCCCAAAGGGGGAAAAGAUGCAUGCCAAGGUGAUUCGGGUGGUCCUCUUACAAUUUAUGGAAGAUUAGCUGGUAUUGUCUCUUGGGGCAAUGGAUGUGCAAGAAAAGGAUUUCCUGGCGUGUACACCGAAGUGGCUUCCUUCCGGGAUUGGAUUGUGAGACAUGCUGGACUUUAA